UCUCAAGAUGGCGGCGCCCAGUGGUCAAACACACGAGGAAGGAGGAGUAGGGUUAGUUGAAAAUGAAUCAGAUCCCGGAGAUUUACGGUUAUUACACGUGAUGGAAGCCUUAGUAGGGGAGAAUAAGAAGCGAUUUAGUACAGAAAUGAGGCAAUUCGGUCUUCCUCUUCCUCCCAAAUCGCCGGAAGAACAGACGAUCGAACGGGUUAUGGAGAGUUGCACGUUCAAGACAGUCAUCAGCGGUGUUCUCGGUUUUGCAUUGGGUGGUGCUAUUGGACUGUUUGCAUCGAGCGUUAACCCGGUAGAUCCUGAGCUUGCAGCCAAGCAGAAGGCCAGAGAUGUCUUAAAGGACAUGGGAAAGCAGUGCUUGUUCCACGCCAAGAACUUUGCCAUGAUCGGAGCCAUGUUUGCCUGCACAGAGUGCCUUGUGGAAUCGUAUAGAGGAAAACAUGAUGCCAAGAACAGUCCCAUAGCAGGAUGUAUAACAGGCGGUCUCAUCGGUUAUAGAGCCGGACUGAAGCCAGGCGUUGCUGGGUGUGUGGGAUUUGCAGCUUUCUCUGCGGCCAUUGACCGCUACUUCAGCUUCCACUGACACUGACACAGUGGUCAAGCGAUCACCAAGAGAAUCGGAAUGGACAUCCUGGUGGUCAGUUCCAGAAUGAUGUACAUCUUGACCGCGGUGGUUCUCUUUUGUUUGUUGUCAUUGGACAUUGGCAACUCAGUGAAGACUUGGAGCAAAUAUGCUUUCAUCGCAGAUAAAGCAUAUCAGCAAGGACCUCAGGGAAAUAUGUUCUUGAUGCAUGGAUGAACAUCAGUCAAUGCAUCAGUGAUAAACCCAUCGACCACUGCAUUGUCUAUGAGAACUUGGAGCAAAUAUACUUUCGCUGUGGGUAGAGUAAUUUGUCUGUUUAGAGCCAGAAGGGCGCUAACUCAUAUUCUUUAACACUGAGAACAUGCCCUUCUGGCUCCAAACAGAGGAUAUAAAUGAGAGCUUUGAGCAAAUAUGCCUGUGAUAGUUGAAUAUUGACCAACCAAGAUCUUCAGGUGAGCGUCAUUGGUUUGGUCGUCAAGCACCAGAUCAAUUGGAUAUUAAGCCAAUGAAUACUAUGCCUGAGAUAACUGAUGUCUCUAGAAAAUGUGUGUCCUAGCAAAAAGAAGUUGUAUUUACCAUGUAUACAUAGAUCAACUGCUAUAUAUGCCAUUAUUUUUUGCGAAUUUUGCGAUCUCUCAUUGAUUGCAAAUUUUACAACAUACAAACAACAUUUCCAGCAGGUAAUGUCUUGUGUCAAAAUCAUUAAAGCAAGCCCUGUCAUAGAAUGAUGUUAUUGAAAAUUAUAUAACUGGUAGUGGCUGUGGCUUUUUACAAAUUUAACAACUCACAAAAUAUGUCCUUGAACCCUUGAUCUGUGAAGAAAAAAACUUUACACGAAAAUAUUGGCUUAUACAGUGUAUGCAGGGCUUCUCAUUUAAUUUGUUAAAAGGGGUUCUGGAUUGUUAGAGUCUGCAUGUACAUGUAUGUGCCCUAUGUUAAAAUGUUGACCUUUUCUUUGGGGGGGGGGUCCAGGUUAAGAUUUUAGGUGCCCAUGGGUCCAGGGCGCUUUUUUAAUGUAGAGUCCUGCAUUAUGGCAGAUUUUAUGGAGGGCAUUAUUUGUCAUCCUGGUUUCAUUAUUAAGGAUGUUUAUUAUUAAUUCCUGCUAAACAUAAAAUGAGGAGGAGGGGAAGGAGCAUUAUUUGAUCAGAGAUAUUUUCUGUACGGGGUAACCAAAUUAUUUCCAUGGAAUUGAUAUUAUAAAGAAAGAUAUUUUUAUACUUUCCAUCAUUAAAUCUUAUGUCAACUCUCAUAGUUAAAGAGGAUGCACAAUCUUUGUUAUUUUUAACAAUGAUUAUCGUUCUCACUAAAUCGUUAGCGUUGUUUUUCGUGAAUGUGCUUCUUACAUAUUGGAAAAGGUUAAGUACCUAGUUAUUUAUUGAUGAAAUUUGCAAAAAGUGGCUUCCUAUGUACAUGUAUGAACUUACAUACAGGUAUGUUGAAUACUAUCAAAAUUAAAAUGGUUCAAUAUUGUAUUUUAAAAUGAUAUGUUUUAUUGUGUAAUCAUAUUUGAUAUGUCUCCGUUAGCGAUACAAGACUGAAAUUAAAACUGGAAGUUCAUUAUAUAUGCAAUACAGGUAGACUAAUGCUCAAAAAUAGAUUUCUGUGUAAUAUUCUUCUAUUUCAGUUUUAUUUCAGCAAGUAAAAUAGAUGAGAUACGUUUCACUCUACCUGAUCCAGCUUGGAUAGAGGGCGCUAUGGUAGUAAAUUAACUAUCAAGAUUAAUUUCUUCUUGUAUUGGAAAAGAUUUCAUACUGCAGAAAACUAGAUUUGACAAAGUCACAAAGAAUUUCACAAAAUCAACUCAAGGGUAAUUCCAAAAUCCUUUCUGUGUAUCCCACAAAGGUCACAUUCGGAUUAUGUAAUACGUUAUUGUACUGUUCGCACAUUCCAAUGGAUGAUGGGAAGAGCUAUUGAAAUUGCCUUGGGUUAGAUUUUCGGAAGUCUUUGCGAUCAUGUUUAAAGGGAAUGGGUAUUUUUGUCUCAGAUUCUAAACAAAA